AAAAAAAAACCCUGAAGAGCGCAUGCGUAGCUGAGCUCGCUCCUUUUGCCUCGUCGCACCCUUGAAAGCAAGAUGGGUCACCAACAGCUCUAUUGGAGCCACCCGCGAAAAUUUGGCCAGGGUUCUCGCUCUUGCCGCGUGUGUUCAAACCGGCACGGCCUGAUCCGGAAAUACGGCCUCAACAUGUGCCGGCAGUGUUUCCGUCAGUACGCGAAGGAUAUAGGCUUCAUUAAGUUGGACUAAGUGAUCUUCCUUGAAUGGAUUACCCAAGACAGCCAUCCAGUGAAGGAGAACAUGCUCACUCUUUGUACAUAAAAUAAAAGUUCUAAAAAACUUCCAAAAA